CAGAGUCAGAGGAACUGCACAGUAGACGAGACGAUCGAAUGCGUGAUGCCAAAAGCAGAAAAUCUGUUGCACAAUCAAACAAAUUGCAAUUGUCGCACUGCGUGUCACUAUGUCAAUUACGUCACUAAAUUAUCAUCUGCUUUGUGGCCCGGAGAUCACAUAAUUUCGCACCUUAAACAUGUUACUAAUCAUUCGGCAGUGUUUAUAAAGAAGAAUUAUCUCGACGUAUAUUUAUUUUACGAAGAUCUGAGUUACGAAGUUGUUGAACAAGUUCCGGCAUAUACAUCAACAAAACUUCUUUGUGACAUUGGCGGUUUGAUGGGACUGCUAUGCGGAAUGAGCCUGAUGACAAUCAUUGAGAUCAUUGAAUUUUCUCUCGUCUCUCUCAGAAAAUGCUUCAAUAGAAGUAGUAGAAAAAUCUAUAAUAGCUGAAACAGCCAUGUAUAGAUAGAAUAAACUAUUUAGAUAACAACUAGAUACUUAACUUCUCUACCUUAGUUUCAUUAAUUUAUCUAACUUCAGUUUAUAUUGCUGUUGACAAGAUCAGAUGGUUCGCAAUGGGGCAGGAGGCUGUCGCAGAAGUUGAUGUACGUCCUUAGUAAGUUCUUACCAUUAUGUCUUUAAAAUAUACUAAAAAAAAUAACAAAAAAAUGUAAUAACUUGUAUAAUUCAAUAAGCUAUAAAGUUUCAACUGAAAAACAGCGCUUUAAAAAUAAUAUUCGUUUUCAAUUGUCCUUACAUUAUAUACAGUAAAUAUUUAUA